GGAAAUUCACAUGGACAAAAUAAUGGACUGUGAGGGGAAUUCAUAUACUGAAUCAUCUGAUGUGAUUGGUAGGGACGGGAUGUUUGGUAACUGGGAAACUGUACUUGUUAGCAUCUAUUUGUGUUGCCAUAUACUUUCAGGUGAAAGCCACCACCCAAAUACUGGGUUCACAAAAAAUGUAACUUAGAUUAGCAUUUUUUGUGACUCACGUGAAUAAUAUUCGAAAUGUGUAGAGUGGGGAUUGUUCUAUCAGGUGAACUCGUUUGGUUUGUGCUGAAUGUUCUCGAAUUUACGACGGCAGUGAAUGCAGCAGUGAUAUCAAUUUUCUGGUUGCCUAACUAGCCGACGCUAGCUAGCUGAAGACAGCAAGAAAGGGGAAUCGUUUUGUGUUUUUGUACAAACAGCCAGUGAAUUUGUGCCAACAGCCUGACAAGCCUCCACUUUUUUUUACCAACGGAUCUCGGCAGUGAGUCUUUGAAAGCCAGGCUCCGUUUUGACGACGCUCAGAAAAGUCCGCGGGGAAGUUCCCUAGGAAAUCCCCCAAGAGCGUCCGGGGAUAUUCUCGACACUGAUGCGCCAGAUCUCCUCCAGAAUUCACCUUCUCGGUGUGUUUCUGAAAGACUCAGAGUAAGAGGCAGAGGCGUCAAAUGCUGGAUUAUUAAAAGACUGAAACCGUUUUUCGCGAAAUCUACAAAUUUUAAGCAUUGCGAUUGCGAUGGAUAGCUCGAGUAGUUUGAAGGCGGAGAACGAGGCGCAGCCGAAGGACAAAAUGCGGAGCUACAGCGUGUUAAACACUUUGUUUCACGAGACGAGGCAGGAAAUCGAGCUUCUCAACAAACAGAUCUGCGUAAAGGACAAUAUAAUCGCAGAUUUAAAGUCCAGGGUCGGGAGGCAUGAGAGGAUCUGCAUGACGAUGGGAGACGACGAGCGGGUGUUCCUCGGUCCCUCCAAGUCUUUGGUGGAGAGUUUACUGAAGGAGCUGUGCAAAAUAAAACAGAAGAAAGAUGAUCUGGAGCUCAAGGCAUCCUGUCAAGCAGAGGAGAUCCAGAGGUUGAACCUGCAGCUCAGAGAGAAAGAUCUGGAGCUGGAGAGCAUCAGGUGUCAGCCGGACCACGACAAGGACCAGGAGAUCCACAGGCUGAGGACAGCCCUGGAGGAGAAGCAGCGGGCCGAAGCCACCAGGACCGUGCUCUGCACGUCGCUGGCCGAAGAAGCUGACCAGCUGCGGGGUCAGCUCAGCGCCACAGUGAGGGUGUGCCAGGAGCUGCUGGGCAGGCUGGAGAAGAAGGGAGGAGACGGAGAAGAAGUGGAGGAAGUGUCCCAGCAGCAAAAAACGCCCAGCUCUUCUGACCUAAGUGCUGCCAAAUCCCAAAUUCAUCAGCUUCAAGAGGAGAACCAACAGCUGAAGCAGCGCGUAGCUUAUGUACAGAGUUUGAAUUCUCAGUGGCAGAAGUAUGACUCAAGCAGGGAGGACUACAUCCGAGGGUUGUGUCAGAGGCUGAAGGAGAACACCGGGCAGGGCUCCGUCAGCUCAGUGUUGCUUCAUCAGGAGAUCGCCAGGCUCAACACUUUACUGGAGGAGAAAAUAAGAGACUGUUCAAGGUUGGAGAGAGAGGUGGAGGAGAUAAGGAGGCAAGGCCAAGAGCGAAUCCAGACCUUGGAGCAGCAGGUUUUGAUUUAUACAGACGACUUUAAAUCAGAGCGAGCCGACAGAGCGCGUGCACAGGGUCAGAUCGCAGACCUGAAGGAGCAGAUUUCUCAGCUGAAGCAGCAGAUCCACAAACAGGGAGCAGGCAGAGACCUGGGUUCUGUGUGCCGUGUUCACAUAGGACACAGGAUCUCCUCGAGGCGAAGUAAGGACUCCUCAGAGCCUCUGCUAAGGGCUGCUGCUGAAAGGCCGCCGCCGCCUGCAGUGGACGCUGCUGCUGCAAACGUAACAAAUUGGAACGAACUCCCAGGUCUGUCGGAACUACAGUGUCCGCACUGCUCCGCCAGGUUCAACGACACAGAAGCUGCAGAGUGCAUGAACCAUUUUGAAGAGUGCGCCCGGCUAUAAACGAAAACCAGUUUUUGAUUCUCUACUGAACACUGUAAAGCAGCACUACAAUGCAGGAAGCAACCUGGGUGGAGGUUCAGAUUAAAUAACUGACAUCUUGAGAUGUGAACAUAACCCCAAACUUUCCAUUUUGCAAGAGAAAAUGAGUUCAUGGUUUUAGAUCUGUACAAACACCCAGACAGAGUUGUCCCAUGGCACUGCAGGAGAUUACUGUGUUGGGGAGAGAAGAUGCCAAUGCAGUUUUUAAAAUGUUAUAUACCUCAAUGUCAAAUUACAAUCUUUUUGCACUUUUUUGUUAUUUAGCCCAAAAAAAAACCAUUGUGUUAUCAUAAUGCGAUUAAAAUAUUAUUGAUGCAUAAGCUUCUUACUUUGGGUUUAUACCUAAUUGUUUAUGUGGUGCUAUUGUUAGUGUUUCUUUAAGUAAAUAUAUUCUUUUAAUGACAGAUUUAAAAAGUCUAACUAUAUUAAUAUUUAUUUGUAUUUCUCAUUGGAAAAGAGUGAUUGUUUCAGUGCAAUGUCUUGUUUUUAUAUCCAACUUAAGCCAUAAAUGUUGUGUAAACAUGUAUUUUUAAAUACAUGACAGGCAGAAAUAAAUAUUUCAAUCAUUUUUAAAGCAGUAUAUGUAAAUAAUGCAUCCAAACUGACAUAAAAUCAUUUUUAAAGACUUAGUUUUUUUCCUGUAGAUGUUAUUUUUGUAAUAAAACAUGUUGUUUCCUAUAAAUAUGAUCUAUUGAAAUGUA